AUGGCUUUAAUUCAUCUUCGCAUACGUUCCACCGCGUUGCGUCGGCGCUCGCAGCCAAAGGCUGGAUACUUGGUCGUUGCUCCUAAUCUUCUUGGACAUGCUCUGAGGAAUCCUGGAGUUGACUUUCAAAUGCAGACAUUGGCAGACGACCUCUUGCCCUAUCUUGAGGCUGCUGAGUAUGACAUCGUCAUAGGCCACUCAAUGGGCGGGCUUGUGGUAUUAUCGCUUCUCAAGUACCUGCCGAAAGCCAAACCCACUUCAGUCGUUCUCAUCGACUCCUCUCUGGAAGUGACUGCAGAGCAGAGGGUGGAUCGGACAGUUAAGUUUUUCGACGAUGUCAGAACUAACCCCACCGUAGAAGAUUAUAUGACAUCGAAUCCUCUAUGGACGAGAGAGGAUGCCAUUUGGAGAGUGUUGGGAACCAAAGUUGGCAGGGUGACCAACUACAAUGACCACGUCGAUGACAACGUGCCCUGGUCAUUUUCACAUUUGAUCGCCGACAAGUCUGCUGCUGUCGCAUUGACGAUCUUGAUCGCAGAUCCACGACUCAAUGGUUCUUCCAGGCUGGAGAGUGUCGCAAAAAUCAAAGAUGUUAGAACAGUGAUCGUUCCAAGUGCCUCCCACUGGAUACAGUAUGAAUUCCCAGACGUGAUUGUUGAAGAGGCGCUAAGGAGUAUCGAAGAGUAAGACGAUGGAUAGGAGUAAAGCCUGCAUAGUCCCGAUAUUACAUACCACCUUGAUGUGUACUAGUAGUACGAUGGUCAUCUUCUUGAUCCAACAGACGACCUCUAGACGGCAUUUUGCAGCCCGUGUCUUCGUUUCGCAGCAAGCUGCGAGAGUGCUUCAUAGGUGCACGAAGAUCUAAAAUGUACUUUUGCAGCGCUAGUGACACGUAGUAGAAGCCAGCGCUGCCUCUCGGACACAGUCCCCUAUAGCCCCGUGAAGCGGCUUGCGCUAUCUCGUUUUGGAGACCGAGUUCUCAUUCGCUUGAUUUCAUCUACCAGAGUUGACGACGAUAUGCCCCGGUAGUUGUAGUUUUCGUAUUUAAGCAGACGUGUCACGAGCCCCGAGUCCCGCUCAGUUUGCUGUCAGGUGCCCAAGUGCCGCAGGCCGGUUUC